GUGUCGCCCGAAGCUCUCCGCCUCGGCUGAGACGGCUGAGGGGGAAAUGGCUCGGACCGUGGCGGCUGCAGCAGCUCGGGCUGUGGUGGAGCCGGAGGCUCAGGCAGCUUGAGGUGAGGAGAGGUGGGUUGAGACCAAUUGAUCCAUCUUAGAUGGCCACUUGCUAGCGUUUAAGACCCCAGAUGCUGCUCUCUGAAGUGGGAUGGAGAAUAUUUUCUAUAUAAGGUCUUGCUAUUUUGGAAGCUACAAGAAAAAAGUAGAUUAGAGGAGGACAGAUUUGGUCUUUUAAGUGGACAUGGCUCAGAUAUCCAGCAACAACAAAUUUAAACAAUGUUCAUCUUCACUUCUGGAACCAGCAAGGACAAAAGAUGUGGACAAAGAAGAAGCAUUACAGAUGGAAGCAGAGGCUUUAGCAAAACUGCAAAAGGAUAGACGAGUGAGUGAUAAUCAGAGAGACUUUGAGUUGUCAAGCAGCACCAGACAAGAAGCACAAGUUCAUAACAACCAGGAUUAUGAUCUCAUGGUGUUUCCUGAAGCAGAUUCCCAAAAAAGAGCAGUCGAUAUUGAUGUAGAAAAACUCACCCAAGCCGAGCUUGAGAAAUUAUUGUUGGAUGACAGUUUUGAAACUAGAAAAACACCUAUAUUGCCAGUUACUCCUGUUCUGAGCCCUUCAUUUUCAGCACAGUUCUAUCUUAGACCUACUAUUCAGAGAGAACAGUGGCCACCUGGGUUAUCUGGGCCUUCCACUUAUACUUUACCUUCUACUUAUCCCUCAACUUACAGUAAACCAGUUGCAUUCCAGAAUGGCUUGAAUCCAAGAAUGCCUACUUUUCCAUCUACAGAACCUAUAUAUUUAAGUCUUCCAGGACAAUCGCCAUAUUUUUCAUAUCCUUUGACACCUGCCAUACCCUUUCAUCCACAAGGAGGCUUACCUAUCUAUCGCCCAGUAGUCAGUCCUGACAUGGCGAAGCUAUUUGACAAAAUAGCUAGUACAUCAGAAUUUUUAAAAAAUGGAAAAGCAAGGACUGAUUUGGAAAUAACGAGUUCAAAAGCUACCGUCAGCAAUCUACAGCUAUCUCCAAAGUCUCAUGAUAUUAGUAAAUUUGACUGGUUAGACUUGGAUCCUCUAAGUAAGCCUAAGGUAGACAAUGUGGAGGUAUUGCACCAUGAAGAAGAGAAAAAUGUUCCAGGUUUGCUAGCAGAGGAUCCUUGGGAUGCUGUUCUCCUUGAAGAGAGAUCCCUAGCAAGUUGUCAUCUCGAAAGAAAGGUGAAUGGAAAAUCCUUUUCUGGGGCAACAGUUAUAAGGAGCCAGUCUUUAAAUAUUCCAAAAACUCAGCUUACAAAAGUCCAGGGCCAGAUAUCUCAGAAAGACCCAUAUGGGACCAGUAGUUUGCCAACAGGAAGUUCUUGUCCGCGAGAAAUUGAAGUACAGAACGAGGAGGUGGCAGCUUUUUGUCAGUCAAUUACAAAAUUGAGGACCAACUUUCCAUAUACCAAUCACCGCACAAAUCCAGGUUAUUUGUUAAGUCCAGUCACAGUGCAAAGGAACAUAUGUGGAGAAAACGCGAGUGUGAAGGUCUCCAUUGAAAUUGAAGGAUUCCAACUACCUGUCACUUUUACAUGCGAUGUGAGUUCUACUGUAGAAAUCGUUAUAAUGCAAGCCCUUUGCUGGGUACAUGAUGACUUGAAUCAAGUAGAUGUUGGCAGCUAUGUUCUGAAAGUUUGUGGUCAAGAGGAAGUGCUGCAGAAUAAUUAUUGCCUUGGAAGUCACGAAUAUAUUCAAAACUGUCGAAAAUGGGACACAGAGAUUAAACUACAGCUCUUGACCUUCGCUGCAAUGUGCCAAAAUCUGGCCCGAACAGCAGAAGAUGAUGAAACGCCUGUGGAUGUAAACAAACACCUACAUCAAAUAGAAAAACCUUAUAAGGAACUCAUGACAAGAUACCCUGUUGAAGAACUCUUAGAUUCUUAUCACACCCAAGUGGAACUGGCUCUUCAAGUUGAAAACCAGCAUCGAGCAGUAGAUCAAGUAAUUAAAGCUGUAAGAAAAAUCUGUAGUGCUUUAGAUGGUGUGGAGACUCUUGCCAUUACAGAAUCAGUAAAGAAGCUAAGGAGAGCAGUUAAUCUUCCAAGGAGUAAAAGUGCUGAUGUGACUUCAUUGUCUGGAGGAGGAAACACUAGCAAGAGUUCAACUAGGGGCUCACUGAAUCCUGAAAAUUCUGUUCAAGCAAGCAUGGACCAGUUAACUGUAGCAGUUUAUGAUCUUCUCAGACUGCAUGCAAAUUCUGAUAGGAGUCCUGCAGAUUGUGCCCAGAGUAGCAGGAACAUCAAGGAAGCAUGGACCACAACAGAACAACUCCAGUUUACUGUUUUUGCUGCACAUGGAAUUUCAAGUAACUGGGUAUCAAAUUAUGAAAAAUACUAUUUGAUAUGUUCCCUGUCUCAUAAUGGAAAGGAUCUUUUUAAACCUAUUCAAUCAAAGAAGGUUGGCACUUAUAAGAAUUUCUUCUAUCUUAUUAAAUGGGAUGAACUAAUCCUUUUUCCCAUCCAGAUAUCACAAUUGCCAUUAGAAUCACUUCUUCACCUUACUCUUUUUGGAAUUUUAAAUCAGAGCAGUGGAAGUUCCCCUGAUUCUAAUAAGCAAAGAAAGGGGCCAGAAGCUUUGGGCAAAGUUUCCUUACCUCUUUUUGACUUUAAACGGUUUUUAACAUGCGGAACUAAGCUAUUAUAUCUUUGGACUUCGUCACAUACAAGUCCUAUUCCUGGAACAGUACCCAAAAAAGGAUAUGUGAUGGAAAGAAUAGUGCUACAGGUUGACUUUCCUUCUCCUACAUUUGAUAUCCUUUAUACAACUCCUCAAGUUGACAGAAGCAUCAUACAGCAGCAAAAUUUAGAAACACUGGAAAAUGAUAUAAAAGGGAAGCUUAUUGACAUUCUUCACAGAGACUCAUCACUCGGACUUUCUAAAGAAGAUAAAGCCUUUCUGUGGGAGAAACGUUAUUAUUGCCUCAGACACACAAAUUGUCUUCCUAAAAUACUAGCAAGUGCCCCAAACUGGAAAUGGGUUAAUCUUGCCAAAACUUACUCAUUGCUUCAACAGUGGCCUCCAUUGCACCCACUGACUGCAUUAGAGCUUCUUGAUUCAAAAUUUGCUGACCAGGAAGUGAGGUCCCUAGCUGUGACCUGGAUUGAGGCCGUUGGUGAUGAUGAACUCACAGAUCUUCUUCCACAGUUUGUGCAAGCUUUGAAAUAUGAAAUUUACUUGAACAGCUCAUUAGUGCGCUUCCUUCUUUCCAGAGCAUUGGGAAAUAUCCGGAUAGCACACAAUUUAUAUUGGCUCCUGAAGGAUGCCCUGCAUGAUGCACAGUUUGGUGCCAGAUAUGAACACGUUUUGGGUGCUCUCCUCUCCGUGGGAGGAAAAGGACUCAGAGAAGAACUUUUAAAGCAGACAAGACUCGUACAGCUUUUAGGAGGAGUAGCAGAAAAAGUAAGGCAGGCUAGUGGAUCAACCAGGCAGGUUGUCCUGCAAAGGAGUAUAGAACGAGUGCAGUCAUUUUUUCUAAGGAAUAAGUGUCGUCUCCCUCUCAAUCCAAGUCUUGUGGCAAAAGAAUUAAAUAUUAAGUCCUGUUCCUUCUUCAAUUCUAAUGCUGUGCCCCUAAAACUCACCAUGGUGAAUGAUGAUCCCAUGGGGGAAGAAAUUAAUGUCAUGUUUAAGGUUGGUGAAGAUCUGCGGCAAGAUAUGUUAGCUUUACAGAUGAUCAAGAUUAUGGAUAAGAUCUGGCUUAAAGAAGGACUGGAUUUGAGGAUGGUAAUUUUCAAAUGUCUCUCAACUGGGAGAGAUCGAGGCAUGGUGGAACUAGUUCCUUCUUCAGAUACCCUCAGGAAAAUCCAAGUGGAAUAUGGUGUGACAGGAUCCUUUAAAGAUAAACCACUUGCAGACUGGCUGAGGAAAUAUAAUCCCUCUGAAGAAGAAUAUGAAAAGGCUUCUGAGAAUUUUAUUUAUUCGUGUGCUGGGUGCUGUGUAGCCACCUAUGUUUUAGGCAUCUGUGAUCGGCACAAUGACAAUAUAAUGCUUCGAAGCACAGGACACAUGUUUCACAUCGACUUUGGAAAGUUUUUGGGCCAUGCACAGAUGUUUGGUAGCUUCAAAAGGGAUCGGGCUCCUUUUGUGCUGACCUCUGAUAUGGCAUAUGUCAUUAAUGGGGGUGAAAAGCCCACCAUUCGUUUCCAGUUGUUUGUGGACCUCUGCUGCCAGGCCUACAACUUGAUAAGAAAGCAGACAAACCUCUUUCUUAACCUCCUUUCACUGAUGAUUCCUUCUGGGUUACCAGAACUCACAAGUAUUCAAGAUUUGAAAUAUGUUAGAGAUGCACUUCAACCCCAAACUACAGAUGCAGAAGCUACAAUUUUCUUUACUAGGCUGAUUGAGUCAAGUUUGGGGAGCAUUGCCACAAAGUUUAACUUCUUCAUUCACAACCUUGCUCAGCUGCGUUUUUCUGGUCUUCCUUCUAAUGAUGAGCCCAUCCUUUCAUUUUCACCCAAAACGUACUCCUUUAGACAAGACGGUCGAAUCAAGGAAGUCUCUGUUUUCACAUAUCACAAGAAAUACAACCCAGAUAAACAUUAUAUUUAUGUAGUCCGAAUUUUGAGGGAAGGACAGCUUGAACCAUCUUUUGUCUUCCGGACUUUUGACGAGUUUCAAGAACUUCACAAUAAGCUCAGUAUUAUUUUUCCACUUUGGAAGUUACCAGGCUUUCCUAAUAGGAUGGUUCUAGGAAGAACACACAUAAAAGAUGUAGCGGCCAAAAGGAAAAUUGAGUUAAACAGCUAUUUACAGAGUUUGAUGAGUGCAUCAGCAGACGUAGCAGAGUGUGAUCUUGUUUGUACUUUUUUCCACCCUUUACUUCGUGAUGAGAAAGCUGAAGGAAUAGCUAGGUCUGCAGUUGCAGGUCCUUUCAGUCCUACUCCAGGCCAAAUAGGAGGAGCAGUGAAAUUAUCUGUCUCUUACCGAAAUGGUACUCUUUUCAUCAUGGUGAUGCAUAUCAAAGAUCUUGUUACCGAGGAUGGGGCUGACCCAAAUCCAUAUGUCAAAACAUACCUACUUCCAGAUACCCACAAAACAUCCAAACGUAAAACCAAAAUUUCACGAAAAACUAGGAAUCCAACAUUCAAUGAAAUGCUUGUGUACAGUGGAUACAGCAAAGAAACCCUUAAACAAAGAGAACUUCAACUAAGUGUACUCAGUGCAGAAUCCCUACGGGAGAAUUUUUUCUUGGGUGGAAUAACCCUGCCUCUGAAAGAUUUCAACUUGAGUAAAGAGACGGUUAAGUGGUAUCAGCUGACUGCAGCAACCUAUUUGUAAGCUAGUGAAUUUCUGAGCUUUGGAAGCAAGAAAGCAAGAACAGUUUUUAUAAAUGUUUCUGAACAGACACACACCUAAUUGUGAAUUAUGUAUAGUAUUUUAUACUUGGACAGAAAUUAUGAAGUUCAAUAUACUUGUUCUAUUUCAACAAUUGGACCAAGAGUCACAAAACAAACUUUUAUGGACUUGCAGAAGCCAUUUCUGUUUUAAUGUCAUUAUAUAGAAUCCUACGAACCCUAGAAUUAAUGUAUAAUAAGUCUUGAAAAUGGCUUUGAAUUGGUGGAGAUUUUAAUCCUCUCUUGACUAAUUCAGAGUAAUAGCUUUGGUUUGGUCUGAUAGUACUAGGUCAGUUCAGCCACCUAUUUUGCAUUGUUUCUUACCCUGACACAGAAUAUUUGUCUUCCUGCUAUGCGCCUUUACCACAGUGUAUGUUCACAAACACCAAAGGAAAGGAAAGGCAUGGGAUGUUACUAUAUAAUGCAGCUGCUAUUAACAGGGAUGAAAAGCAAAGCACAAAUAACACAUAGUUAUGUUAAGAACUACUAAAUAGUUUAAAGAAGUAGGGGAAAAAUAAUACUGCUUUUUAUUAUUCAUGACUUUAAAGCCUUUUUCAGAAUAAAGUGCCAAUUACCGAAGUUGUAAAUAAUGGUGCCUUAACUUCAUAUGCUUCCCUAGCAUUUCAUUUCUGAUGUUUUUUCCUGACUUUUGAUAAAUAAUUAAUACAUAGUUUUCACUCACUUUUAGUUUACUAAAGAUAAGAAAUUACGUUUACUAAUGUUUUUCCCACAGAAAGGUCAUUCUCUACUUAUUUGUGACUUAGUUAAAUAGUCAAGCCAUUUGAUUUAAGUCUUUGUUUUUCACUAAUUGAAAAAGAUUGAUUAAUGUAUUUUUUAUACUAAAUUCCAUCAUUCCGUUAUAAUCCUACAUUUAUUCCCAGUGGUGUGACUUGAAGUUUGGUGAUUUCACCUCCGUAUACUUAGACUACUCCUUCAUUAAAGAAGUGAAAAUUAUUCACCUGUGUGCCCAUCCAUUCCUACUUGCUCUAAGAACUCCGUGAGUUGGGCAGACUCUUCAUAAGAGGCACAGGAUCAGGAUUCUUUGGUCCAGACUGAAUUUAAACAUAGAUAUUUAUGGAGAAGUUUGUCUUAAAAUUGGCCUUGGUUACAUUGUAAACAGCGUACAACCAUAUGAAAGAAUUAUUUUCCUUAAUAUAUCAGAAUUCAGAAUCAAAAGGACUUAAUUGAAAUUACUCUAGAGUAGCCAUUAAGAAUAAGAUUCAUUUUUAUUAGUUAUUCAUUCACCUUCACAAAUAAAUUGUGUUUAGCUUGGAUAAAUACGUGCGUACAAUAUUUACUCCUGUGGCUAGAAUAGGAAGUCAGACAAGUUUUAAGUGGCACGAGAGAUGGCAGCAGUCUAGUUGCUAUGAGGUAGCUGACAGAUCUGCAGUGAAGAGCACCAAGAGAAAUGGGGCAACCUCAAAUUCCAUUGCCCAGAACAGAAAUUUUUUUGUGUGUGUGUACAUGUUUAACGUAAGUGGUGAUAACUGCAGAGCAGAAAUAAAAGGGUUGAGGAUGUAUCAGUAGAAAAAAAUUUUAAAAACUUGAAAUUUUUGGUGCCUAACACUAAUGGUCCAUUUGUAGGAAAACCCAUGAGUAUGAUAUAUGAAUGUCUUUUUUUUUUUUAAUCCUAAAAUGUGUUGCCUAUUUAAUAAGUUAAUUCAAGUGUACAUCAAAGCACCACCAUUUAUUUGCUUCUCCCACAUCCAGUAAACAGUUCCUUAAAGUACGUAAGUAGCUUUGCAAAUGUACUUAAAUAUUCACUUAAUGCUUUUGAGACCUGAUUCCAUUCCAUCAGUUGUCACUUAGCCAUGAAAACAAACGUGCUGUCUUGGUAAAAGGUAUCAUUGUUAAUUUGACUCAACGUGUACUGCUUUUUGCAGUCUUACAGCAGUGUCUUUUAGCUCAAAUAAUAGAGCUUGUAGUUACAAGAAAUCUGGCAUCUUAUCGAAAAGUGUAUAUUAUGAUUAAUACUGUACAGUUAACCAGAGUUCAGAACAAGUGGUAAUGAUGUUUUAUUUUAACUCAUUGUUGUGCCUUCCUUGGUCAUUAAAAAAUACACAUACCGCCACAUACAUAUUUUACGUAUACUUUAAUAUAUGUUACUUCUUUGUGAAACUCUAAUCUUCGACCCAUACCAAAAGAAGGAAAAAAACGGACAGAGGAGCCUCUUUACAGUACUACUACCAGUAGAUUUAAAAUCAGUAGGAUUUUUAAACUUUUUUAAAAGCUUUCAAUCAAAUAAAAACAAGAGUUUAAGUAAACUGGCAAUGACACUAAUUUUUAUGUAUAAUCACUAUUUUAUACGCAUCUUUGAGUAAAAAUAAUCAUGCUACACGUACAUUCUGUACCAGAAGAAUCCUUUCCUCUUACCAGUGUUUUGGGAUUUGAAGAUAAUGUUUUACUCCAAGAACCUAUUAUGUUCUCUACUGAGGAACCCAAUAGAAAAUUUGCACUGAUGUUUUUAUCGUUGUCUUUAUAUGAAUCUACAGGUAUCUGAAUGUUAAAGUAUGUAUGAUCUUGGCUAAAGUAUUCUUUUAUCUCUUUCACAUUAGAGUUGUAUAAAAAUUUCAUUAUCUUGCCUUAAAUUGGUUGACUGUUCUUUCUAGGAUUCAAGUGUUGUGGUAUUUAAAAAAGAAAAGAACACAUUAAUUUUUGAUACUUAGGCUUCAGAUUAAAAAGGACUGAAUUCCCAUUAUCAUCAUCUAUAGAUUAAUUUACAUGCUGUUUGACUAGCAGUGCAAAUAUGAGUGAAUAUGAUUAGUCUCAUCUCUAAGAACCAAAUAAUCUAAUUAUAUUAAGGUAGUGAAUAAAGAUGUAUAAUAUUUUUAUUAAUACCUUGAAUAUAUGCAGUGGAUUAAAUAUGACUUCAUAGCUGUACUUUGAUUGUAUUAAAAUAUUUCUGAAUUAAAGAACUCUA